AUGAGAUCUUCCAAGAUGAUGAGUUCUAAUCCUGAGGAAGACCCUUUGGACACAUUUCUCCAGUAUAUUGAGGAUAUGGGGAUGAAGGCCUAUGAUGGCUUGGUUAUUCAGAAUGCAUCGGACAUCGCUCGAGAGAAUGAUCGCUUGAGGAAUGAAACAAACCUGGCCUACUUGAAGGAAAAGAAUGAAAAACGACGAAGACAAGAAGAAGCAAUAAAACGCAUAGGUGGAGAAGGAGGACGAGGCCACGAAGGAAGUUACGCCGGCAAACAUUUCCGCAUGGGAUUCAUGACAAUGCCUGCUCCUCAGGACCGACUUCCCCAUCCUUGCUCCAGCGGCUUCUCCGUGAGGUCACAGUCCCUGCACUCGGUGGGGGGCACAGAUGAUGACCGCAGCUGUGGCUCCCGAAGACAACCACCCCCCAAGCCCAAGCGAGACCCGAGCACCAAGCUGAGCACCUCAUCGGAGACAGUCAACAGCGCAGCCACCAGUAAGAGCGGGAAAACCCCUGAGCGCUCCGAAGUUUCAGCCAAACCGAGACCCAACAGUGACGAGUAUUCCAAGAAGAUUCCUCCUCCAAAACCCAAACGGAACCCGAACACCCAGCUCAGCACGUCUUUUGAUGAAACGUACAUGAAAAAGCACGCGCCCCGGAGGACCUCGCUCACGCGGGACGCCUCCCUCUCCCAGAUGAGCAGCCCCGCGGGGGACCCCGAGGACGAGGAGCCCGUGUACAUCGAGAUGGUGGGGAACAUCCUCCGAGACUUCAGGAAAGAGGAUGACGACCAGAGCGAGGCUGUCUACGAGGAAAUGAAAUACCCCAUUUUUGACGACUUGGGCCCAGACUCCAGAUGUGACCUUGACCAUCACAGUUGUUCUUCGCAGUGUGCUACUCCCACCGUGCCUGACUUGGACUUCGCCAAGUCCUCAGUGCCAUGCACUCCAAAGGGUUUGCUUUGUGACAUCCCCCCGCCCUUCCCCAACCUGCUUUCCCAUAGACCCCCCCUGCUGGUGUUCCCACCUGCCCCCGUGCAGUGCUCCCCCAAUUCUGACGAGUCUCCGCUCACCCCGCUGGAGGUCACCAAGCUCCCGGUGCUGGAAAACGUGUCUUACAUGAAACAGGCCGGAGCGUCUCCAUCCUCGCUACCCCCCCACGCCUCCAGCCACCCUAAACUGGACAAGGACCAGAGCGGGGCCCUGGGACCUGCCGCCGCCGCCGUGCUCUCCUCGUCCCCUCCCCCGCCGUCCACUUUGUACCGAACGCAGUCCCCCCACGGCUACCCGAAAAGUCACUCGGCCUCCCCGUCCCCUGUGAGCAUGGGGAGGUCCCUCACCCCCCUCAGCCUCAAAAGGCCUCCCCCCUACGACGCCCUGCAUUCUGGUAGCCUCUCCAGGAGCUCUCCAUCAGUGCCUCAUUCGACCCCCAGGCCAGUGUCGCAGGAUGGGAGCAAGAUGGUCAACGCCUCCGUCAGCACCUACGGGGCGGCUCCCAGCGGCUCCCGCUCCAGGACGCCCACGAGUCCUUUGGAAGAACUAACCAGCCUCUUUACCUCGGGGCGAAGCCUGCUGAGGAAGUCGUCCAGCGGCCGCAAGUCGAAGGAACCCGCAGAGAAAUCAACAGAGGAGCUGAAAGUGCGAAGCCACAGCACAGAGCCACUGCCAAAGCUGGACAGCAAAGAGAAAGGACACCAUGGGGCAUCUUCCAGAGAGCCUGUCAAAGCUCAGGAAUGGGAUGGAACACCAGGGCCACCUGUGGUCACCAGUAGACUGGGAAGAUGCUCUGUGAGCCCCACCUUGUUAGCAGGAAACCACAGCUCAGAACCGAAAGUAAGCUGCAAACUAGGCCGGUCUGCGUCCACAUCAGGUGUGCCCCCUCCGUCAGUGACUCCUCUCAGGCAAGCCAGUGACCUGCAACAGAGCCAGGUACCAUCAUCGUUAGCCAAUCGUGAUUGA